GAGCAGCUGUGGGUGCAGUUCGUAUUAGCCUAAACUGCUAGCAGACAUCGCUGAUAAGUGAUUCACGGUGUCUAAUUCUGAAACCAAAUUCUGUUUACUUAACGAGGAUCAGGAGCUGUAAUAGAGGCUUUUUAACCACUUCUUGGCCAAGAUGAGCUUCCUCUUUGGCAGUCGCUCAUCUAAGACCUUCAAACCGAAGAAGAACAUCCCAGAAGGCUCCCACCAAUAUGAGCUGCUGAAGCAUGCUGAGGCAACACUGGGCAGCGGGAACCUGAGACAGGCUGUCAUGCUGCCAGAAGGAGAGGAUCUCAAUGAAUGGAUUGCCGUCAACACGGUGGAUUUCUUUAACCAAAUCAACAUGCUGUAUGGCACCAUCACAGAGUUCUGUACCGAGACCAGCUGCUCUGUGAUGUCUGCAGGACCAAGAUAUGAAUAUCACUGGGCUGAUGGGACCAAUAUUAAAAAGCCAAUCAAAUGCUCUGCACCCAAAUACAUAGACUACUUGAUGACCUGGGUGCAGGACCAGCUGGAUGAUGAGACACUUUUCCCCUCCAAGAUUGGAGUUCCCUUUCCCAAGAAUUUCAUGUCUGUGGCCAAAACCAUCCUGAAGCGUCUGUUCAGAGUUUAUGCUCACAUCUACCACCAACAUUUUGACUCUGUGAUGCAGCUGCAAGAGGAGGCUCACCUCAACACCUCCUUCAAGCACUUCAUUUUCUUUGUCCAGGAGUUCAACCUCAUUGACAGACGAGAGCUUGCUCCUCUGCAGGACUUGAUCGAGAAACUUGGAUCCAAGGACAGAUAGACAUUUCAUCAUGUAUCGCCUGCUUUUUCUUUUAGUUGAUAGGUCUUCUCUCCUUUGUUUUCUCUUCUAUGUACUUCCUUGAAUUCCUCUACCUCUAUGACCUCUAGCCUCAGCUCUUUAAAUCUGUGCCUUUCUUACAUUUCCUGAAUAUAUGCACUGUACUUCUCUUAUUAGUUUCUGUUGUAUGCUGCCUGUGAGCCUUUUUCCCCUCAUCGUAGCCUUGUUAGAUUAUAUAGGACAGUGUAGUAAAGAAUAUUUUUUCACAGGACUCUGGUUAUUUACUCUGUAAGACCAGCCCACUAAAUUUUAUAUUGGACCAAGUACAUGGAGGUGAAAAACAGACGUUACUUUAAUUAGAAAGAUACAGUAACUGACCAAAUAUCCCAAUCUUAAUUUUUUUUUGUUUGUUUGUUUUUAAAUGAUCUGUUAUUUGUGUACAGGGACGAGAAACAGGAACGAUUGUAAGGCAGGUGAUGACAUUAAAUGUGUCAUACAUGGGCUUAUGUGCCUUAAAAGAAUGAUGAAGGCAGGCACAAAAAUGCACAGGUAUAUAAUAUAUAAUGCUCACUGUCAUAUAUACAAGCAUGCUUCCUAAUAAUAACUUCUUUGAGUCACAGUUAAGUGUGAGAUAAAUGUGAAGAUAUACCCCAUAAAAGACCCUCUUCCAUCUACGACUUAAAGCUAUUUGAAUUUGGUUGUACAAUAUUGUGUUUUGCGCACUUUUUCCCUUCUUAUCAUGCGCCUGCAAAGCUUGUUUAAUUAUUCUAUGAAGAGGAAUUGUAUAGUAGAAAUGGGGUCAAAGAACAAAUAGUUUAAAGUGAAUAUUUUACUGUAAUUUUAGUUAGUUGCUGUAGAGCUGAUAAAUUGUGGAACACAUAACCACUCCUCAUUUAAUAUAUGUUUAUCUUAGUUUUUUCCCCUGAAUUGGAAAGUUUAGAAAUGACAGUUUCAUUCAUAUUUUUGAGAUGUAUGUAGUUUUUAUUAAGCAUUCAUUUGUCUUUGGUUUGUGCACAAUUAUCAGGUUUUUUUUCCCUCUACUAUGCUUUAUGCUGGCUAAUGAUGCAGCUAAUACCCCCCUUCCUCCUGACCCCUGUCAAAUGUUGUCUUUCAAAAGUUACUCAAAGGAAUUGUUUUUUUUUUUUUACUUGUUGUCGGACCUAAUUUUAUAUCAGACAAUCAUGUGACCAAUUAUCAUAGGUAAAAUUGGAAAUUGGUUUAAUACAUCAUAAAAAACUAACCAGUGGAAUGUUGGGAUCUUUACUUUUCAGUCAGUAUACAGUCACAUUUGUAUGUAUUUGUUAUUAUCACAAUAUUAUUUUUUAACUUUUUUUGUUACAUUUCUUAGCAGACUGUAAAACGAUUAAUUGACACUUUUAAUCAAAUGGACAACAAGGGCUUUGAAGUAAAUGAAACUUUUUAAUAUAUUUUUACAGUUUUGGUGAAGUCUUUGGGUAGUCAUUCUGACUGUAAAUAAGUUUGGAGAAUGUGUUUACCAAAUCCAAAUAUUUGCUGUUAAUAAGGUCAGUGAUUUGUCUGCGCAGGACUGUGCCUUACAAUAGAAUAAAAAUGUCAGAUAUGACAAUAUUGAUAGAUCAAAUAUUCAAUAAACACUUGAAGGACAA